GGCUGGUCUCUUCCCUUUCCUGUCAGUGAAAAUCUCGUCUAGUGAAAUACACGGAGUCGGCGGAGGCAGGCGGCUACCUGCUGUCAGCCCAAGCCGAGAGGAAACCUUUUCAGUUCUCCCGCUUCUCGGCAUUCUCGGAGAAGUCCUUGCGCUGGCCGCUCUCUGAAAGAAAAAUUGGAAAUCCAGAGAGGGAUACCUGUGGCUUUCUCUCGCAAUGCUCUCUCCUAUCCUCUCUGCAGGUCGGACGGACGCUCGCGAUCCGCAGUCGUUCGUCUUCUCCUGCCGGUCUCCGCUGUCCGGACUCCCGUGCAGACUCAGCUGCUCCGGUCCGCUGGGCUUUGUUUUCUCCACGCUUUUAGUCUCUCUUCUCUCUCCUCUUCGUCCCCUUCUGAUUCCUCGCUGAAUUCGUGUCGCUGUCGUUCUGUCUCCAUACUCCGUGCACAGGGACAGUCAAAACCCAGACCGGCUUCAUCAGCGACUGUCCCCAGGCACCGGUCUCUCACGUGAGGAAAGAUCGCGGAGACGAAAACAUCGCAAACAAGAAAAGAUCGCAUGCGCUCUGCUCGUUUGGCGCCUCGAUUUCUUCUUUCGCGUGCGUCUUCUGUCGGGAGAAUCCCCGAGCCCUGGCCGGAUUUUCUUGCGCUUCACAGGGCUUCUUCUCUCAACUCGAAUCUGGGUGAAUGCGGCGUCUCACGUGGUGAUUCUGCCCGUUUUCCUUCCUCUCUCUUCUCCCUUUUUAUCAGUUUUGUGGUGAAAAGGCUUUCAACGUCGUUCCUCAUGACCUGCCGAGACCCAGCGAACCUCCGUCCCGCCUGUCUCACGUGACGCUCUGUGUGUUAAGUUCAAGAACCUGUCUCUUCUUCUGCUUCGACUGUCUCUUCUUCUGCUUCGACUGUCUCCCCUUCCGCUUCGACUGUCUCCUCGUUCUGAUAGUCUGACUCCCUCUCGUCUCCCUCGCCUCGGUCACUGGCUGCGUUCAAGCAGCCUUUGCACGGUUCUUCUGCGUUCCCCUUUACGCGACCGGGGACGUUGUCCCCCUCCGUCGGCUUUCGUUUUUCUCUUCUCUGUCUCGCUGUUGGGGUCUUUCUUCUUUCCCGCUUCCUCUUUCGUCGCUGUCGUCGGCCGCAGGCGAACCUCGUAUCUCUGAGGAGGAAAUCGCCCUUGUUGCGAACGGGGGAGUUUCUGUCCUGUCUGCAUGUUCUCCCGUGGAACUCACGUCCUGCUUCACACGCGAGAGGGAGAGGACACUCUCGGGCCUGGAGAAGCAUGCCAGGCGCUGCAUCUGAGCUGAGGAGCGACUCCGCGCGGUCUCUUUCUCCCCCCGUUUCUCCUUCUCUCAGCUCGUUCCUCGCUUCGCCAGCGCCGACGCGCGUGCCCUGUCGCCCGACGAGCGAGCGGGACGGUCGCGAGCACACAGGUGUAGCCAGCGCGCGGCGCUCCCGGACCGCCAAGGGGCAGGGACCCUGGAACGACGAGCAGGCGCGCGCGCCGCGAGGUGACAAUGAGGGCGGUAGCUCCACGAGGCGAGAGAGACAGGACGGAACGCCCGACACUUGGAGAGAGACCUCGCCUCCGCGGAGCGGGACGCGCCUGCUCUCGAAGCCCGAGACCCCACAUCGCGCGCAGCAUGUAGAACAGCGAGGUGCUCGAGCGUCCAUCUCGGGAAGCCGGUUUCCCUCGCCUCCGAGCCCCGCGAUGAAGCGCUCUAGGCUGCAACGCAGAGGCAGGAAGCGGAUCCCUGGAGAGAGGCACGCAGAAGCUGGAGCCUGCAGGGUGUCGACCAGCAAGAGUGGCGAAGAGCCUUUCAGAGACUCGCCGGCGGGGACGGAGGGGCGACAGGCCAGACGAGAAGAAGAGAGGGCGAGCAGGGACAAGUCCGAGGAAGGGCGGGGCUGGGGGGGAGACGGGGACGAGGCGGCUGGGGAGGCGGGACUGUUUGGGGAAGCCAGCGAGGAGGAUGAGAAGGCAGAAGCGAACGCGACUUCGUCGCAGGCGUCUCGGCCGUCGACGCGCCAGGGGUUAAAGCGAAGUCAGAGCCAGGCUUUCUGUCGACCUGCCUCUUUACAGAAGCCUCGCCUUCAGCUCCGGCAUCCCUCUGCGUCGUUUGAAGCGAGUGUGGGAGGUUCUUCUCCCGUCUCUUCCUCUCCUCGCACCAGUUCCCCGGAGUUCCCUCGGUCCUCUGAAGCCUCCUCCCCAGGCUUUUUGUCCUCUCCUGUUCGUCCUGUGAUCUCGCCAUCUUCCUUGUUCUCGUCGAGCGUCCGACGGUCUCCACACUCGGUUGGAGAUGCCGAAAGCGAAGGGGCGGUCUCCCCCUCGGGCCAGGCCGAGGCGCCGAGCGCCCUUGAGACCGAAUUCAGGAAGAUGCGCUCCCCGUCCUUCUUCAGGAUGACCAGGCGACAGUCGCCCUCGUGGGACAAUUUCUAUGCGCUCUCGCCGACCGGAAAGAGGGCGCUGUCAAACGCAGAGAGCCAGCGUGGCGAGGACCCGCGACACCUGUCGCGCGGCAAUCUGUCAAGGCUUUUGUCUCCCUGGAGUCGGAAUUCCCCGCAUGCCUCCGAAGCCAGCAAAGAGGCGAGCACCGCCGGUGCUCCCAAGAGACCCCACGGGCUCAAAGGCCUCGAGUGCCUCAGCGGCCUUGAGGACCCGGAAAGACAGCUGUCUCUUCCUGCUCUGCACUCUCGCCAGAGCUGGCGGGGCUCCCCAUCUGUGUCUCCGGCGCGUCUGCGCUCAUCUUCUCCCUUUUCUUCUUCGCCUCUCAGCAAGGCUCGGGAGCUCUGGCGGCGCCUCAGCAGCAGCCGUUCCGGUCUGGAGCCAGACACGAAGUCUGGAGCCCAGGGGACGGGGCCUCUGGACCCCGUUUCCGACCGGAAACUGAAGGAGGGCCAGCUGCCCCCGAGUGCGGUCCAUGCGUCCCCAAGGGACCCCGCUGAAAAGAACACGGUCUCCGUUGUCUCGCCUUCCUUCUGGUCCUUCUCGUCUCCCGUCUCCUCUCGCCAGGGCAAUCCUAUCGCUUCGGUGUGCUCGUCUGUUGGGGACUCGCGGCUCCCGGAAGAUUUGGGGCGCGACGCGAGCCCUGAGUCUCCGUUCUUCAUGUCGGUGUCUGCGGGCGGGCAGACAGAUCGGGCGAUGUCUGGAGACAAGACUUCGCUCAGCAGGAGCACUCUCGCCUACACGACUUGUGUGCAGUCUCUUGGGGAGGAGUCUGCGAGUGAGGCCAAAGAAGAGACAGAGACAGCGAGCCCGGAGGCCACAGGCGCGACGCUCCGGCGCGCGCCCUAUGAGACGCGCCGAGGAGUCUCUUCCCCCUCGUCUCUCUCGGCCCACUCCCAAGCGUUCGUUUUCACGGACAAGGAAUCUUUCUUGCGAAAGUCCCCGAUCAAGGCAGACCUCGGGGCUUUGCCUUCCUUGUCUCCUCCCUACGUCUCAUCUCGCUCUGUCUCUUCUUCUGCGUCGUCGCGCAAUCGAUUUGUCGAUGUCAGUCCGUCGCUUCUCCGGUCACUCUCUCCCUCUCCUCUCCAUCGUGCGCGGUCUGUAUCCUCUGUGUCGUUUCCUGCUUCAUCUUUUCUUCCGUCUGACUUGUGCUCUCCGCAAUGCUCCUCACAGCGCCAAAACGCGUCGGCUUCCGGGCAGGACGAUUUGUCUGAGGCCGGGGCCUCUCAGUCGCCCGCAGGAAGUGCCUGGAGAGGUGCUGCAGUUUCUGAGGAUUUUCGUCUGAACGAUGCUGUAAACAAAACUCUCAAAGAGGCGAAGGAGACAAAAGGACAAGGCGACAACGCGACUCGUCUCGCCCGGCUGGAGACCGCUGUCCGGGCCCUCUGGUCGCUUCAGGGCGACGAGGAGGCCUUGCAGGUUCUCUCGAGGCACACAUCUUUGUUUCUAGCGGAAAAACGACAGAAAGAGACCUUCGAGCAGACGCGGAGGCGAGAGGAGACUGCGCCCAAGCCAGAGGCGCCUCGCCGGGAGGGAAGGAAGAGCUCGCCUCUCCACCUCGUGGACAUGGCGUCCCUGUUCUCGGAGGGGACAGGCGACGGAAGGCUUUCGGAAGAAACGGAUAAAAGAGAAGAAUCAGACGAGGGCGACCAGCGUGCUUUCUCCUUUGCCUUCUCUCCUAAAAACGCGUCGGUGCCUGCUUUCUUUGAAGAGCCUUCAAGGUGCUCCUCCGCCCCCGAUGCUGUUCUGACGCCUUCGCGUCUCUCGCGCAGAGUCGACAGGAGACCGGGAUCUCCAGGAGCACAGGCGGGGCGAACAGGAGACAGGGCCUCGGGAGGUGUUUCGAGGAAGCCUCUGUCUCUCUUCCCGCUUGCCGACCUCUCUCCCUCGACUGCUUCUCAGGGGGACAGCCGGGGCUCUGGACUCUUUUCAUGUUCCGUACUCCGCACGAGGACGUCCGCCAGCGGGCUCGUGUCAGAGACCGGAACAGAGCAAGCGCAGGGAGACACCUCGCCCUUGGGCUCUGCGCUGCCUCCGACUCGCGGGGUGCAGGGUGGCGGCGGCGGCCAGUCGACGGUUGUUUCCGAAGGAGGGGCGCCGGGAGUUGAGGCGGAAGACGCGGGAGAAAGGGACGUGGAAAGGAGGGGAAACCAUGGAACAAAGAGUGCAGCUGCUCGCAGGGUCAACGAAGAGUUGCGUGGAGGGGUGUCCGAGGGACUGCAGGGCGAGAAAGAAGACGAGAAGCACUUAGAGGCCAACGACGCAGAGAAGGACAACAUCGUCGAGUUCGUCAUGUCUGUUGUUCACCGCACAAUGUCGAAGUCCCGGAUUCCUGGGGAGCAAGAGGGAGACGAGGCGGCUGCGAAAGAAGCCAAGCAGAAAGCUCGGCUUCAUAGUCUCCUGCUGCAGCUCGAGAGCCUCUCCGACACUCUCAAGACAGCCUUGCAAGAACAGGAGGUGAAAGGCGCAUGUGACGGAGGGGAGAAAAGCGACGCUGACGGGUCCAAAGCGGUGAGGGAACCACAGGAAACGGACGCUUCCAGACCCGCCCCGGUGGGCGACGCGCGGACUUCCGAGAAGGCCUUCCCGCUUAGCACCUGUCCCGCUACCUCCUGUCCUGCGUCUCCACUCCUCUCUACGGCAGAGAGAGCUGGGGAAGCGCAGUCGUCUGCUCAAGGGCUAGCAGAGGAGAAGACUGAGAAGGGGGGCGUCGCCCUCGCUUCGACUGUCCCCUCCCCCGCGCCGAAGCGUCUAGCCGACGCUUCCGUCCAAACAGAGGAAGUGUUGAACGACUCUCUGGGCUCGUCCGAGUCGCCUUCUUCUCUCUCGAAAAGCCUGUCGCCUGCUGCGACUUCGUGUCCGUCCUCUGACGCUGCUUCGGGUGCUUCGGGUGAUUCUGGUGCUUCCGCCGCUCCCAAACCUUCGGGGAAAGGCAAGCCGCCGGGCCGGCCUCCCGGGGAGUCGAGUUCUGCGCAUGCUUUGGGCGCCAAGGCGACGCCGAAAGAAGCCGCGACCGCGCCUGGAAAGGUGGCUCCGGGAUCGAAGAAAGGGAAGCCCCCCGGGCCUCCUCCAGGGGCCCCGAAGGCCCCAGCCAGCACGCCUGCGCAGGACGCGGCCUCGAAGAAAGGAGCGCCCCCAGGGCCUCCGCCGGGGACCGGAUCAACCCCUGGAGGAAAAGGCCUGCCGCCGAAGAAGGGAGGCCCUCCGGGGGGCAAGGGUCCGCCUCCAGGGAAAGGACCGCCCGGGAAAGGGCCGCCAGGGAAAGGAGGCCCGAAGGCGAAGGGCUUGGCGAUUUUUUCGGGGCCGCAGUUUCUCAUCCCCGAGAAGCACGUACCCAAGCCUCCUCCUGGAUUCAAAGCCGCGACGAAGCUCCAGUGGACGCCGUUGUCUGAGGACAAGGUCACGGGGACAGUUUUCGAAGGCCUGCUGGAUAGGUACCCUCUAGCCUCGCCAAAGCUUCAAGGAGAGUCUGAAGAGUCUUUCUCGGCUUCUUGCGUUGCUUCAGGUCAACCAGGUGAAGACGCACCAACCGACGGCGCUAUUUGCAGCGCUGUCACUCCGGAGGCGAGUAUUAAGGAGCCAAAGGGCGAGGAGUCUCCUCCGCAUGGGGUCCCCGGGGCCUCCGAAGCUUCAGCGAAGAAGUCGGUACCGGGUGAGGGAAGAACGCCUUCGGCGGCGUCACAAUCUGGACAGUCUGCUGCGAGUGCCGCGCCGGAAGCAGCAAAAGAAGCUGGGAAGGAGGCCCAAAGCACUGGACAGUGUCUUUUUUCGUCUCUGUCCGCGGAGGAUUUGCCUCGGGAAAUGAUGCUGGACGCGAGCGAGAAGCGCGAGACGGCAGAGUCCCUACGCAGGGAGGGCGACGCUGCCGGCGCAGAGGGGAGGAGCGGGGACCCUUUUCCGUCUGCUUCCCAGAAGCGUCCGUUUCGCUAUCGGUUGGACUUUGUCCAGCUCUUCGACCUCUUUUACCACGAUGAGAAGGAGUUGCAGCUGAAGGCGAAGAAGAGCAGCGGAGGGACCGGAGCGGGCGAGGGCGGGGGCCCGAAGAAGAAGUCGGGGGUGCUGGACGCGAAGGCGACGCAAAACGUGGAAAUUUGUUUGAAGAAGUACAAGCUGUCGACGGUCGAGGAGUUCAAGGCUCUCGCGGCGCAGAUCGAUGACCCCACCACACUGGCGAUCGACUUGAACUUGGCGGAGAACAUCACUCUGUACUGGCCGGAGCCGAGUGCGUGCGAAGCUUUGAAGGCGAAGAGCCCGGAGAACGCGCUGCAGUUGCCCCUCGCUGACCAGCUGUACUUCACGCUUCUCAACCAGGUCGCUCUGGGGAGCGAGAAGCUGAACUUCUUUCUGCAGAGGCGCGCGGUGGACGAAGAGCUCGAGAGCAAGCGGGAGAAGCUCGACCAGUACUGCGGCGCGAUCGAGCUCCUUGCGCAGACUCUGGAGAGCGACGCCUUCAAGGACAUACUCGGCCUCGUGGUCCGGCUGGGGAACUGCGUGAACCGCGGCAGCAAGGAGGGCUUCGGCUUCAAACUGAAAGACUUCGUGGGCCAGCUGGCCGCAUGCACCAGCAAAGACCGGUCGACGAACCUCUUUCGCGUCAUCGUUCAGACGGUGCUGGAGCAGAACCCGAGUGCAUGCGACGAGAUGCGCGCGUUGCAGGAUGUCGACGCCGCGAAGGCUAUCGACUUGAAGGACCUGCUUCAGUUCGGAGACAUCGAAAAGAAGCUCGGGGCCUGGGCCAAGCAGAUCGGCGACCGACGCAGCGCCUUCGGCGGCGCUGCAGACAAGAUGGAGAAGUGGAUCGAGAGCCGCGAGGCGCGUCUCUGCGAGCUGAAGAAGAAGGCGGAGGACGCGGAAACCCUCCAGGUCCGACUCAGGGGCCUCAUGGGCCUUACCAAGGCGGACUGCGUCUGGCCCGAACCCCUUCGCUGGUUCGGACAGUUCUACUCGCACUUCGAGGCCAUCGCGAAGGAGUACCGUGGCGCCAAAGACCGCGACCGCCAGAAGGCCGAGCGCGAGGCAAAAAAGAAGAACGACGUCUUGCGGCGGGCCACCACCAUCGGCGCACCCGCCAUCAGUUCGCUCUCCUCGGAGAAACCCAUGCAGGGUGUUCCUCUGAGGCCCGCGGGCCUCGACCCUUCCCUCGCGAGGCUGUCGAGCGCGACGCAAAGCCGCUUCCCCGGCCUCCUGUCUCCGACUGGCGGAGGGGGGGGAAACUUCUUCAGCGGUGUGGGGGCUUCUUUCCACUCAUCACCUCCUCUCCAGCGAUUCAAUACGUAUGCGAACCACAGCGGCGGGAAGACCGGCGGCUUUCGCUCGCCGUCGCCGCUGUCUCCGGGUGCCGCGGCCAAGUCCGUCGCGAGGGUCCGCCGCGCCUCUGAGGCCGGGAAGUCAGCGGAGGGACAGGAGGCGCCCGCGGAGGCGGCUUCGUCGGGCCUUGCAGAGAAGGCGGGCGAGGAAGAAAAACAGUGUGGGGCAGAGGCAGGAGACGACGGGGAAGCGGACGAAAACGCGAGCGGGGGGCAGGAGGACGGUGCAGCCGCAGCCCCCUCUUUGAGUCCGGAGACCGACGAAGGCCUCCGGGUGGAACCGGAGAGCCUCCUGGAGAGGGCAGACCAGAGAGAGAGGGAAGACGAAGGGAAGCAGGUCGACGCGGAGGAAGACGCAGCGAAUUUGAUGGCGAGCGUUGAUGAAGAAGGGCGAGGCCUUGCGCCCCGCAUCAUGGCGGCAUGGGCGCAAGCCAGAAGCCCACAUUUGGGCAGGUAUCAAGGAUGCAAGCGGGGCGGCCGCGGGUUAGGGAGAUUUCCUGGGAUCUUGCGGGAUAAGUCCAAGAAAAUCUCGUGCGAUGGGGCAGAUUCGAGUCUCUUGGUGCCAUCGUUGUAUCAGACCCGAACCGCUGUAGGCGCCUCCGGAAACUCUCCACUGCCUUCCCCUCGUCCGUCUCCAACUGCAGCCACAAACGCAUCCUUCACAGUCCGCUCUCUGCGAGACCCGUCCCCUCUGCCUGUUGCUUCGGGUGUCUCUACUCUCCCCACCUCUUCUGGUGUCACUACUGUGCCUGUCCCUUCGGAUGUCUCCACUUCUGCUGAGUUCAUGUUUCCCUUCGCGAAGGCUCGCCCGAAGACAGGUUCCCGCGGUCGGGCGAGAUGUGUUGAGAAGCACGAGCAGAAAAGUGAGGACGUUCACAAGGUUGUGGGGGGUUCGAGCGCUGCGUCUUUUUUGGUCUCCGCGGCCUCCUCACUGGGGCUCGAGAAGACGAAGCGGCGAGAAGACAAGACGGAGACUGUCCAGAAGGCCCGCGCGGGGGACAAGGCGACUGCGGUUGUGCCCCGAAACAAGGCGGCACUAUGUGUGUCUCCAGUUCCGACCACGAGUCCUCACGGUUGUUCGCGGCCCUUCACGCGCUCUACUCGAGUUUCUGGCGGAGAGCUGUCGGAGCCGUCUGGAUCCGUUCCGUGUCUUUCGGAAGCCGAUAAAGAGUGGGUGAGGUGCGGCGGCGGCUACUGUGAGGUGUCUCUCAGCUCCACAGCAGGCCCCAGCGGUGCUCGACAGCAGCGAGACAGUCGCGGGUCGACGGCGGCUUCUCACAGCUUUUCCCUCUCGGGGGCUGGAAGCUCGAGGGCUUCUUCUGGGCGCCAAGGUUCCGUCGGAGCAGAGGCGAAGGACGGGUCUGAGGGUCUUACGAACUCAACUCGAGUCGGUCGGAGGCGAAGCCAAGGCGCGAUAGGGGCGGAGGAGACGGAGAAAGGAAAGACAGGAGUCGAAAAGGGUUUGAAGAUGCUCGGCAAGGGACUGUCUGCCGGAAAAUUCCAGUCUACGCCGGAACACCAGGCGCCGCCGCCUCUGGAGGACCUGGCGUUCGCGCGAGACUCUCUAGAGACCCCCGCGGAGGCGGGGCUCGACGCUUUGGUGAGAGAAGUGAAGGCAGUUGAUCUAGCGCGAAAGCGGUUGGAGGCGGCGCGAAACAGAGAUGGAGAGACAGACGUGUCUGCGCGAGACCGGAAAGAGAGUCAUCCUUGUCCGUUCAGUCCGCAAGCCGGCCGGAGCGGGCUGGACAUAGGAGGGAAGGAUUUUGACAGAUCGAUGGUAGGAGACAGCGUUCGAAAGGUCCGCACUCGCGUCACAGGAGGCCGGGAUGGAAGCAUUGAGCGCCAGGCCACAAAUCCGUAUAUUGCGGCGAAUGUGCCUCGGCAUCCGCGGCGGUGGGAGCCCGGCGGGAGAAUGACGCAGGGUCGCAAGGUGCCAGCUGAUCUGUCGGCGCUUGGUAGUGACCUCAAUCCCCCGUCAGCUCAUGGUUCUGGUUCCCCUUCGGAGGCAGCGAUCUCCGACGGUGGAGAAGUUGCGAGACAAACGAAAGGUGGAGGCGAAUCGGCAGACGCCGCUGUCUGAAACGAUGCCGGAGAGUUCGCGCGUGCGUGAACCGUGGAGGCUUUGAGAGGAAAUAAGCCAAAACCCGCGAUGAAAAGAGCAUUUGCAUGUUGCGCGAUGCGACUGCGGCGGGAUGGUGGCAGUUCAGGGAAACCUGGCGGGGCUGCGCAGAAGCGAAAACUGAGACGUCUCAUCCUGUUACCCUGUGUUGACAUCCGCGUCUCUCCGUUACGUGCCAGCGCUCUUCGACACGCAGUUGAGACAGAAGCGGGAUGGCGACUUUCGGACCCGGGAGACGACGCACAGAUGGCAGAAGACGUUUUUUCGUUGCGGCGCCACCCGCAGCGUCUUGAUCGUCCUUGCUAGGCAGUCUGAGUCGCCUGAAGGGGGAGGUGCGGUGACGAUUUCGUGGCAGGUCCGGCGAGGCCACUGUUUCGGCGCCAAGCACAAUAGGAAGUAACAAAGAAGAGCGACGGUAGCGUUUCUCUCACUUUGUUCAGUCAAGUUCUCUCGGGCAUUGCUGUCCUUUUUUCCGCUUAACUCCUCUCUGUUUAAUUUUUUGUGGUAAAACCCGUACCGAUGGUCGGCAUAGUGCAUGCUGUUCGCCGCUGCUCUAUGCGGCCUCCGCCAAAGGGUGAAAGAGGAACGGAAGCAGCGUGUGAGGAUGCCGCGAAGAAGAGGUGGAGAAACGUGGCGGACAGAGCCCGGGUUCGUAUCGUGAAACAGUGCAAGAUUUUUUCCGCGGGAGAAGAGAGUGCACGAAGGAACGGUACGCAUGCUCGGACUGUCUUUUGUGGGUGCAGCGAUAAUGUAGAAGAAAUCAUUCAUGGCAGGUACGAAAGUGGCACGAGGACGCUCGAGGACGCAGCCCGAUGUUGCUGUGACAAACAGGGAUUUGUGGUAUUCUGCGAACACAGGUUCCGUACAGCUCUGCCCCUGUCUCAGCCCUAUUUUUUUGGUCAUAGUAUGUCCACCGUUGAAUCUGUAACGCUGUGAACUCUUUUCAUGUGCGUUUUACCACCGUCGGGAAUCGCUUUGUCGUUUGCUUGCGUUGUGUUGGCUGUUGGUAUGAAGACUCAGUUGUGUCAAGAGUACGCACAAAGAAUUCUACAUGCA